GCACCGCGACACAGCGCUCAGUCGGCGAGUGAGCUUGGAACGGAUCGGACCGUACCUCUAGCAGCCAAACCAAGAGCACUCCCAGCCAAGUCCCCAGGACUUUCCCAGCCAGCUUACGAUGGCCGUGUUGAAGACCUUCAUCAUCCUCGCCCUCUGCCUGCUGGCCUUCGCCGCGCUCGCCAGCGCCGGCCGGCAAGACUCCGGCUCCGGCUCCGAGUCGGGCUCAGCCAGCGGCUCCGAGGAGGGACCCGCCCCUGCAGGCGGCUCCAGCCACGGCAGCGCCAGCAAGAGCUCCAAGAGCGGUGCCGCCGGCCUGAUGGCGAGCUCCCCGCUGUUCGCCGUCGUGUCCAUGAUGGCCGCAGCCCUGGUGGCGCCCCUGGCGCGCCUCACCUCGCAGUGACCUGAUGGGGCAGCCGAGGAACGCAGCACUCGACCAAAUUUCGCCGUG